AUGGAGCUGAAGGUCUGGGUCGAAGGAAUACAAAGAAUUGUUUGUGGGGUGACGGAGACUACUACAUGCCAAGAUGUAGUCUUCGCACUUGCUCAUGCCACCGGAAAAGUGGGCCGAUUUACUUUGAUUGAAAGAUGGAGAAAUAAUGAACGACUUUUGGCUCCUCAAGAAUAUCCAUUGAAGAUUUUAAUGAAAUGGGGUGAAUAUUCAAAUGAUAUACAGUUUAUUUUGAGAAGAUCAGAAUCAAGCAAUAACCAAAAACCAUCACAACCUAUUAAUAAUUCUCGAUCUCCUACUGGAAAUGGGAGUCAUAACAACCAAAACUCUAGUGUACCCGACAGUCAAAACUCACCAAAUAGAGCAAAUGCAACACCAACUUUUAAUAAUAAUGUGAAUAACACAUCCCCUGGGAAUCCUGUAGGAGUGGUGAAGGGAGUGCAACAAGCCAAAUCACCUGAAUCCAAUAGUCCUGUGUUAAAAGAUGUCCCACCUUACAGAGAUCCACCUCCGCCAUAUCGCUCACCGCCACCGCCGACACAAGCUUUACGGAAGUCUCCUAGUCGUACUCGGGUUGGUAGGCCGUCACACAUGUCACCGGUCAAUUUACCGGAAGAGAACCCAGACUCCAAGAGUCCUGAGGCUUUGAUCUUAUCAAGUAUGAUGCUGAAAUUGGCUAUUGGGAGAAUAAAGGCCGUGAACAAGAGAGACAAGUUGAGUUUGCUUCAGCAACAGAUUAGUUCUGCUGACAAUCAGUUAAGGAUAAGCACAGAACAAGUUCAAGCACUAAACUAUGUGGAGGAAGAAAGUGAGAUAGUAAAACAAAAUGAAAAGACAAUAAAGUCAGAGAUAGUGCUAGUUCGGUCUAAAUUGGCUAACUGUGAAACUGAAUUACUACAAUGUAAGAAUAAAAUACGUAAAGUAAUGGAGGACAUACACAAUGAGCAGAGACUUAUUAAUAGUUGCCAACAAGAGAACAGGCAAGCUUUGGAGCGAUCAAUGUUGGCGGAAAUGGAAAAUCUCCAAGCUCAAAUACAGCAAGCAAAGCAUGCCACCGAAAUAAACCACCUUACUGCUGAAAAUCUAAAGAGGGAGGUGGGAGUUUUAGAAAACGCGAUUAUGGAAAAGAAACGACAAGUUGAACGUUUAGUGCAAGAGAUGAAAGAAGCUAAUCUUCAGAGUUUAACUGGAAGUGUAGAUGAAUUAAGACAUCCGCUUGAUGGUUUAUGUAAAGCUGGUAGUGCCCGUAGAAUAAUUGGUUCUCCAAGACAAUUGGAAAAUGCCGCCCCCACCAAUAAGAACCCACAUGGAGUAUGGGUU